GCGGCGGUCCGUUUCCGUUGAACCACGCACGGACCAGACGAGCCACGUCUUGAGGGAGGAAGAGCGUCCCGCCGAGAAUCAGGAGCCUGGACCAUGGACGGGGAGAACCGCAUAAUCCUCAACGUGGGCGGCAUCCGGUUCGAGACGUACAAGGCCACGCUGAAGAAGAUCCCGGCCACGCGGCUGUCCCGGCUGACCGAGGCGCUCGCCAACUUCGACCCCGUGCUCAACGAGUUCUUCUUCGACCGGCACCCGGGCGUGUUCGCGCAGAUCCUCAACUAUUACCGGACGGGGAAGCUGCACUACCCGACCAACGUGUGCGGCCCACUAUUCGAGGAAGAGCUGGAGUUCUGGGGCCUCGACUCGAAUCAGGUGGAGCCCUGCUGCUGGAUGACCUACACCAAACACAGAGACACACAGACAACGUUGGCGAUUCUGGACAAGCUCGACUUGGAUUCGGAACACCCGUCCGAGGAGGAGAUCGCCAGAAAAUUCGGCUUCGAAGAGGACUACAUGGCUGGAAAACUUUCCUGCUGGCAAACUUUGAAGCCAAAAGUUUGGAGUCUUUUCGACGAGCCGUAUUCUUGUGUAGCAGCAAAGAUAGUAGCGGUGAUAUCAGUGUUUUUCAUCGUCAUCUCGAUCCUGUCGUUCUGCCUAAAAACCCACCCCAACAUGCGAGUGCCUGUGAUAGACAACGUCACUGUGACCGGUGUCAAUAACACCGUGCAUUGGACGCUGGACAAAAACCGCACCAACCCGCACAAGGCCUUCUUCUUCGUCGAGCUGGCCUGCAACAUGUGGUUCACCUUCGAGAUCAUCAUCCGCUUCAUCGUCAGUCCUAACAAGCUCGACUUCAUCAAGUCGCCGGUCAACAUCAUCGACUUUAUCGCUACGCUCAGCUUCUACACGGACAUGCUGACCGACUUCCUGCUGAACAAAUUCAACAAGAACCUCACCAACACCAACGCCGACAUCCUCGAGUUCUUCAGCAUCAUCCGCAUCCUGCGGCUCUUCAAGCUGACCCGCCACUCGCCCGGACUGAAAAUCCUCAUCCACACGUUCAAAGCCAGUGCCAAAGAGCUGACUCUCCUCGUCUUCUUCCUCAUACUCGGCAUCGUCAUCUUCGCAUCGCUGGUCUACUACGCCGAGCGGCUGCAGGCCAACCCGUACAACGACUUCAAGAGCAUCCCCGAGGGCCUGUGGUGGGCGAUUGUCACCAUGACCACGGUCGGCUACGGCGACAUGGUGCCCAAGACGUACGUGGGGAUGCUGGUUGGCGCGCUGUGCGCCAUCGCCGGCGUGCUCACCAUCUCGCUGCCCGUGCCCGUCAUCGUCUCCAACUUCUCCAACGUCUACUCGCACACGCAGGCUCGCUCCAAGUUACCGAAGAAGCGGCGGAGAGUGCUGCCGGCCGAGCACAGCCGGCGGGGACCGCGGCGGGAGCCGGGCGGCUUCCAGCGGCGCAUGAACGCCAUCAAACACCACCCCAACGCCAAGCAGCCGCACCCCCUGCACCAGCUGAACACUGUGAACGGCGUCGGCGGUGGCUCGGCGCUGAGCCCCGGUGGUUUCACUCCGGGAGUCUCUCCAGCGGCCGGCGCGGCUGCCCCCCUCCAAGCCCGACCCCCGGCCACCCUGGGUAUCAUCCUCGGCGUCAGGAGACAAGGAGCUGGUCUGCUGGUGCCACCCGGCCAGCCGAGCUUGGCUCCGUCGAUGCCGCCGAUCGAGAGCCGGCCACCCCUGCCCGGGUCCCUGGCCGAGCCACGGCCGGCGGCGGCACCGGCGCCCGGUCCGGCCCGGCCGGCCGCGCCGCCGGCCCUGGUGGAGGGUCAGCCCGUGCAGCAGUCGCCGCCGUCUGCCGCCACCCCGCCGCCGCCGCUCACCGUGCCAGAGGUCCUCAUCGAGACCCUGCCGUCCUGUCCCGACACGAUUGGCGUCGAAACUCCGCUGCUGCCCAUAUCAGACGACGGACCGGUGAUUGGGGGCGACAGCAGCGCCCCCAUCGCCGCGGCGGCGACCGCGGCAACUACCGCGGCCGAUGUCAUCGUCGAGUGCGACGCCACGCCGCCGCCGGAGAGAGCGGAGGAGCGGAGAGAGGAGGAGAGCGGCGGCUGGCCGGCGGUGACCUGCCGCCCGGAGGCCACCACCGGCGACGGUGUCGACGAAAUUCUCACCGCCGACGAGAGUACGAGACUCAUCUGCGAUGAGCGCAAGUUCGAUCGAAAUGACGACAACGACAAUCCGCUAGUAACGGCAGUGAUGCCGACAUCCGAGAUCUCCAUCGUCCUCACCAACUCGUCACCGACCGAGAUGGAGGAGACGGACGGCCUGAUGUCGUCCCUCGUCACCGUCACGCCCGGCGUCACCCUGUGACGUCACAGCUGACGUCAGUGCGCGGGACCGCUGAGAGGACAGCUCGGGACGUCCGGUGAUGUGAUUUACGGCUGACGUCAGUGGCGAAUGACGUGCGUGAUGUCGCUCUGAUGUGGCAAAGAACUGCUAGUGAUAAUUGAGUACCUAUACGCUCCACGUGCUGAACUCUCACAAGAAAGACAUUGAAGAUAAACGAUAUCAUAACAGUGUAGGGUGUCUGGUAAUGAGCAGUCUCUGACUUCCGUGACAAGGCAUGGCGGACGCAAUCAAGAUAACGCCGAUCUUAUUUAGAUCAGAGGAGCAGCAAUGUUUUGUGUAACAUAUCUGUACAAUUUUUGUUUACCGGUCGGUGUUUCUGUUUCCUAUAUGUCAUACAAGUUAAUAGUUAACACUAAAACCACCACUCAAUUCGGUAUCGCGCUAAAUUAAAUAUGACAACGCCAGUCCACCCCAAACCAACACCACUCGUCGCGAACGAGUGCGACCAGCAGUUCAGUUCUGAUGGUCUCACUCAAAGCGAGCGCGCCCCGCCACUUCUCUCCCGUCUAGCCGGGCGACACUCCCACCCCUCUCCCUGGGCGGGCGAUCAGGGCGGCUCGUUCGCCCAUGUCCGACCCAUUAGACCCCUGGGGAGCAUGUGCCCGGCCCCAGCCACUCUUGCCGCUGCUGAGCGCGGCAGUGGCAGUGGCGGUGGCGAAGGCGACAUUGGCUGGCUGAACGAUCGAUGUUUAUGUUUAUUUUUUGUUUGUGGUGAUUUCGUCGUCGCGGUUUCGCCUGUGUGGAGAUCAUAUGAGCGGCGAGGGGAAUGACGGGAAUGGUGCAGAAGUCAUAGAAUGGUUGUGAUGGUGAUGGCAGCGACGCUAUAGAAGCGAUGGGGCUCCUCGAGUGGUGGUGGUGGCAGAGGCGAUACCGAGUGUGUUGGCGAUAAGCCGCGGCGACCCGUCCUCUGAACGAACAUGUGCUCUAGGAGACGCCGGCAAGAGGUCGGUAACGGCGUGAUGGCUCGUAACGAGCGCGUGCCGCCUUCAGACCGAUUGUGACGAAUGUCCCUUUCUCUUUCAAAGCAGUCAGUUUGGCAAGCACCGGUGCAACCUAUAGCAGCCCGCCAACGCACUGCAUUGUGUGGGGCUGAGCACUGGUCUCUUGAAGUUGGCACUGCGGGGCUUCCUAAACACAGCCAACAAGGCUCGUUACGGUCCACUUUACAGUUGUUGACUGCGGAUGAAAGCGACAGGGGAUAGUCAGACGCGAUAUAAAAACCUUCAGACGACAGAAGUAAUGUGACGUGCUACGUUUAACGAGCCGCCUGAGACGGUAUAUGUAACAACAGGACGGAGUUAGUUAACAACAUCCCCAGUCCCCACACCCGGACGGAUACUGAUGCCAAGCCCGGCCAGCAGUGGCCGAGCUGGAUCGCCCUCGGUUCGGUCACAGCUUCCAAUGCAAGUUGCCAAGGGGACAGAACGUUGUGCCAACACGAAACAAAGGUAUCGGUCGCCAAUUACUGUGUCAACCGUAAAUAGUUGUCCAUGAGUGUUGAUGCCGGCGCCCGGGAUAAAAGUGACACUGAUCACUGAGAAUUAUCGCGGAUAGUUGCCUAUCCAGUAUUGGUGCGUGUGUGUGGCUGUAUUCAGAGAAGGAAGGUUGGAGAGUGCAUCAGGUCGUGUUCAGAAGUGUGCGAACCAUCAGUUAACGCAUACAUAUGCGUACUGUGCGUACUUCUGUAGACUGUAGACAUAUUGUAACUGUAUAAUAUUGGAGAUAUUGUAUACAUGUGCUGUCGAAUUUGAAUAUAAAUAUAUUUGCCCAU